ACGCAAACAGGCCCGGUGAACACGUCAGACGAACCGGCUGCGGUGCAUUGCCCGGGUUAGGCAGUUGAAUAGACGAGUCUGUCUUCGUCAUUGGCGGGAAAAGACAUGCGCGACAUCACAAUCUCCUGCCUGCUUCGCCUGACGUUGCCGCCAAGUACCUACCUUACUCCUUCAAGGUCGAUGGGUAAAACAGACUCGUUGUUGAACCAGUCAGCUCCGUGGAGCUGAAGACUCCAUGGCGGCUUCGGCAUCUGCAUCCUCCUCCCUGAAGUGGAGUGGCAGCCGCAUCGCUUCCCAAGGACCGACCGAGACAGCGCCGCUCUCCGCAUCCCCAGCAUACAGCAAGAAGACAUUCUCAGCAGACGAACAACAGAAAGUUGCGGCCAUCCAGGAGGCAUGUCGGAAACACGACCUCGACGUACUCGCUGAGCUUGCAUCUACCAACGGAGGACUUGUGGACGACCAAGUCCGCCGCAUAGCAUGGCCCUUGUUGCUGGGAUGUGACUCUAGUCGGCACGGAUGGAACGUUGAGUGGGAUGUUCUCCCAGUCCACCGUGAUGAGGAACAAGUGGAGCUCGACGUCCAUCGCUCAUUCGUGUACUACCCAGAAAACGAGUCUGACACUCGCAUGACAGCUCGCAAACGAGAGCUCUCCAAUGUCAUCACAGCAGUCCUACGUCAACAUCCCAUCCUCUGCUAUUUCCAAGGCUAUCACGACAUCAUCCAAGUCCUGCUGCUCGUCCUGGGAGCCGAAGCCGCAGGCCCGGCAGCUGUCCGGCUGUCAUUGCUGCGCAUUCGCGAUUUCAUGCUUCCGACUCUAACCGGCGCUGAGGCCCAUCUCCACCUUCUACCCGCGAUACUCUACAACGCGGACGAAGAGCUUUACCGACACCUCUCCGGGGCCACGAAACCGACGCCAUUCUUCGCUCUUGCUGCGACACUAACGCUGUACGCGCACGACAUCGAAGAGUAUGGCGAUAUCGCACGCCUGUUCGACUACCUUCUCGCCAGCGAAGCCGCUGCACCGGUCUACCUCUUUGCUACCAUCAUCCUCUCCCGUAAAACCGAACUCCUCAAAAUCGACCACGAUGAACCCGAAAUGCUCCACUCCAUCCUCUCCAAACUCCCCAAACCCCUCAACCUCGAGUCCCUCAUCCAAUCCACCCGCACGCUCUUCACCUCCUAUCCUCCUACUCGCCUCCCAAAUCGUGUAUGGCGAAACAUCAGCGCGAACAGCGUCCUCAAAACCACACAGUCCCGUUCGCAUCUCGCGACACAGACCCUGCAAGACGGAGAGCGAUAUUUCCACCUCCACGCCACUGAGAUCGCGCGGGCUGAUCGGAUGAAUGAACUUCGUCAGUGCGUCCGGACGUUGGCGUGGAAGUACAGACGCCCGGUAAAGUGGACCGGCGCGGCAGUAAUGAUUGCCGUCGUGGCGUUGUACUUUGGUGGAUCGAAUGGCGCAGCAGGCAGUGGGAGCAGUGCUGCAGCGGCAUUGCGGACCUGGAGUCUCACGGCAUUGAAGCAGGGUUUGCGAAUGCUGGAGGGACUGGCAGGAUUUCGAGAGGGAUGAAGUUGAGGUUACGCGCGCGUUGUGGUUUGGGAGUGCGAGGGAGAGACGGUCCGGUCGCUCCGGUUUGUGACAUAUUGCACGAGUUUUGUGCCGUGGUAUUGCGACAGUCGACAAAUUUUCGACGGCGGCUAGGAAGACAGUGGCACGGCAGACGCGGAACGUGGGACUGGGACUGAAAGGAGAUGAAUGCACUGUACGGCACUUGAGCCCUUGGGCGAAUUCUGUCACACGGUCACAGCAGGAGGGAAAUGACAAAGCCGGCGGCACAGACGAUACACAUCACUCACCG